AUGGGUAUCGAAGGAAAGAACGUUCUGGUAACCGGGGCCUCCAUGGGCAUCGGCGAAGCUAUUGCUACGGCUUUGGCGGCCAAGGGCGCCAACCUAGUUCUUCUGUCUAGGUCUGAGCGAACCUUGGCCAAGCUUGCGAACAAGCUUUCACUCACGCACGGAAACCUCAAGAUUAUUUACCGUGCCGCUGAUAUUGGCAACUUCGACUCUGUAGAUAAGGCCAUCGCAUCAGCAGUUGAGGCCAUGGGGCAAGUUGACAUCCUAGUCAACAACGCUGGUCUUGCGUUGGGGGCCCCGGCGACGUUCCCCGAGCUGAAGAUUCAGGAUGUCAUGACCAUGGCCAGCACCAACGUCAACGGCAUGAUGUACGUCACGCAUUCGGUCCUUAACAGAUCGAUGAUGAAGGAGAAGCUCGGCAAAGGAGUUAUCUUGAAUAUUACGUCCGUUACUGGCUUGGAAGUUCCGCCUUUCCCGGGUGAGGCGGUUUAUCAUGCCAGUAAGGCUUUCCAGGAGGCAUUCACGAACUCGAUUCGCAACGAGCUGGUAAAGACCGACAUCAAGGUUUUGGCACUUCGGCCAGGUGUUGUCACCACCAACUUCCAUUCCCAACGAGUUGGUCACGACAAGGAGAAAUACGACUCUUUCAUCGAGGGAUAUGAGUAA